AUAUUUUGUAAAAAACAAACAAAAAACUUUUUGAAUGAAAUAAAACACAAAGAAAUAUUGGCUGAGAUACAGUGUGGGAAGAAGUUGCCUUGGAAAACCAAAAUACAGAAUAUUCAACAAAAGCAGACAAAGUUCCAUCCAUCUUCCCCCUAACUUCAGAGCUUCACGAGGAUGUCGAGUCGAGCGACGCCGCGUGCGCGCGCAGCUCAGAAUGCGCCGUGCACGCGCUCGACGUAGACUUCACUGGAGUCGAAAAGAUGGUGGCUAGCGCUCGAGUCCAGAAGCUCCUCCGACGGUACAAACUAGCCAUCGCUGCCGCCCUGACUAUCCUCUUGAUCCAAGGGCUGGUUGUAUGGAGUCUGAGGAGUCUGGAGGAGGGCGAGGCCGAGAGAAAAACACGACGGUCUAAACUACCGGACCACAACAGCCAGGACCCCAAGAGAGACAGUGCACUUUGGGAGAAACAAAACUCUUUGUCAGGGAGGAACAAGGGCAGAUGGAGCACCAGGUUGGAGAGGACAGGAGGCACAGCAGCCAGUGCGCUGAGGAGAGCAACAAGCCGGCAAGGAGGAAAGCCCGGCAUCAGGCUGAAGUCUCCACAGGAGCGAGGGGUGACGGGCGCUGGAAUGGACAAUGUUGUCUCCCAUGACCUGUCUAGCAGCCGCAACUUUAGCGAGAUGCGAUGGGGCGCAGGUGGCGCACCUAAGCUCCCUGCUGCUGCCAUACCAGGGGAGCCGGGCAGCGUGGACGGGGCACACCAAGCCCCCAGCAGUGACUUUGUGCCUAAAUGUGAUAUCUUAGGGAAGGACGCUCUGUCUGCCCUCCAUCGUGCUGGGUCACAGCAGUGCCGACAGGAGAUCGCCAACAUCGUGUGCCAACAUCAGGCUGGUCGGCUCAUGCCAGACGCAUUUCCUCAGUUCUGCCCCCAGCCUGGUCUGUCAAAUCCAGUUCAGGUUGUUGAGCUGGACAACAGCCUGUCCAGUGUGGAGAACCCUGUCAGGGUGGCCUUUGUUCUGAUGGUCCACGGCCGAGCCGUACGGCAGCUCAAGCGCCUCAUGAAAGCCAUAUACCACCGUGACCACUACUAUUACAUCCAUGUAGACAAGCGGUCGGGCUACAUGCAUCGAGAGGUCCUGCAGAUAGCCCAGCAGUUCCCAAAUGUGCGGGCCACACCCUGGAGAAUGGUCACCAUCUGGGGCGGUGCCAGCCUGCUGAAGGCCUACCUGCGCAGCAUGCAGGACCUGCUCUCCAUGGUGGACUGGAAAUGGGAUUUUUUCAUCAAUCUCAGUGCCACAGACUUUCCCACCAGGACCAAUGAUGAACUGGUGGCUUUCCUGUCGCAGCACAGAAACAAGAACUUCCUCAAGUCACACGGGAGAGAGAAUGCCAGAUUCAUUAAAAAGCAGGGUCUCGACCGUCUGUUCCAUGAGUGUGACAACCACAUGUGGCGUCUCGGGGAGCGCAGCAUCCCAGAAGGCCUGGAAGUCUCAGGUGGCUCUGAUUGGUUUGCGCUCACCCGCCGCUUUGUGGAGUAUGUCAUCAACUCCCAGGAUGACCUGGUGUCAGGGCUGAAGCAGUUCUAUUCCUAUGCUCUGCUCCCCGCUGAGUCUUUCUAUCACACAGUGCUGGGCAACAGUCACAUGUGCGACUCUCUGGUGGACAAUAACCUGCGUGUCACCAACUGGAAUCGUAAACUGGGAUGUAAAUGUCAGUACAAGCACAUUGUCGACUGGUGUGGUUGCUCUCCCAAUGAUUUCAAACCACAAGACCUCAUCCGGAUUCAGCAAUUGUCCCGCCCAACGUUCUUCGCUCGUAAAUUUGAGUCAACAGUGAAUCAGGAGGCCAUAGAAAUUCUGGACACUCACUUGUACGGCCAGUACGCUCCAGGCACCAUCGCCGUUAAGGCUUACUGGGAAAGUGUGUUCGAGCAGUUGGACAGCAUCAACUCACUCAGGGAUGUUGCCCUCACAGCUUACACAUCUUUCUUUCGCCUGGGUCUUAAGAGUCUGACGACGACACAGAAAAAUGUGGAGGCAUGCAGGUUUGAACCUGUAGGCUAUCCACUGUCGGUACACUUGUACUUCUACGACGAUCAUUUCCAAGGUUACCUGGUGCGUCAGGACGUACAGGCUGUGGGGUCAAAGGCCAGGGAGACACUGGAGAUGUGGGCAGUGCCUCAAACGUCUUUUGUACUCGAGAAGAACCUUAAAGAGUUUGAGAGAUUGAAGAAUCUGGAAAUUGGCACAGAUUGGGAUCCAAAGGAAAGAAUCUUCCGCAACUUCGGUGGUGUGAUCGGGCCUCUGGACGAACCACUUGCAGUACAGAAAUGGGCCCGCGGUCCAAACCUCACAGCCACUAUUGUGUGGAUUGACCCAGCACUGGUGGUGGCAGCAUCUUACGACAUCAUAGUGGAUGUGGAUGCGGAGUACACCCAGUACAAACCACCGUUACAGCGCCCCCUGCGGCCGGGGACCUGGACAGUGCGGCUGUUAAAGCAAUGGGAGCGUGUGGCAGAAGUUUGCUUCCUUGUCAUGCCACUGAACUUCAAAGAUAAGGAGCCACUACGCAAAGUCGAGGACAGCUGGCUCCAUGCAGGCCCUCCAGGGAACCUGUACCUGGAGCAGAGUUUCCAGCAGCUGAGCUCCAUGCUGAAGCUUCCUCCCCAGGAUUCGGCCCUGCAGGAGGCCCAGCAUAAUGCCCAGCUCGUGGGCCAGUCCCUUGAGGAAUGGGUGGACAACAGUGUAAGGACAUUCUGGGUAAUAGGCGACAUGUGCACCACACAGACUUCCUCCUGCCCAGCAUUGGGACCUUGCUCCAAAACCUCCUGGAGCUCUCUGUCCCCAGAUCCCAAGUCUGAACUGGGUCCUGUCAAAAGUGAUGGGCGGAUCAGGUAGCCCUCAGAGACUGUAAGACACACAAAAACAUGCUGGAAGAAUGAGGGAGAGCUGCACCUGUACUGUAGAGCUCCAGGAGAAUCUGCGUCAACUGGAUAUUGUCCUCAAGGUCAGCUCAGAGCUCAGGGGCACAUAAACAACAACAAGACAACUUCCUGCUCUGAUGAGUCAGGACAUUCUGAGUGAAGUUGUUAUACAGACUUAAAAGGGGAGGAUACAACCGCUGGAUAUUUGCACAUAAAAGGCCGCAAGCGCAAAGACUUGUCCUUGUUUGCUGAAUGAUUUCAUGGAUGCCAGAUGUAUUGUUAUUAUUUUAGCACAGGUUUUCAGUCAGGGUCAGUCUGGGUCAGAAUUUGAAAAGCACCCUCCGCACAUGUUUAGACGCAGUUUUGACACUCAAUUAUCAUCUGCUUUAAAAGAACGAGAAAGGGUCGGCAGAACUCGGAACAACAGGUUCCUAACCACACUCUGCGUCUAUCCUCAUUUCAAGGGAGAGUGGAACGUCUGACUCAUAUAUUAUCGUGCUUAUUUUGAAGCAUUAAUACGGAAGCAUGCGGAGCCGACAGAUAAAGUGCACUUUACUGUAAAACUAUGACAUAACACAGAGGUCACAUGGUUACAUUGCGAAGAGCAGAAGUUCAAAAGUCAUGAUUAAGGUCAUGUCACCUCUUAAUUUUAUAGUCAAAGCACCUGCACCGUGACUCCCUGCUGUCACAGACACAUCAAUAAAUGGUCCGACUGUAACGCGGGUUAGGAAAAGUACAGAAAGCGACAGGCGGGGGUUUUUAGGUUUCAAGUCUUCUUUAAUCUAUUAGUUCUGUUUACUGUGACAUACACUUUUUGAAACUUGUCAUUUUUCAUGUAUUUGUUUUGUGACAGUUCCUGACGCGGCUGCUCGUAAAACUCGUAAGAUGUCUUUGAUGUACAUUGUUGCCAGAAAAGCCACUUUUUUUUAUUUUUUUGGUGGAAGUGCCUCAUCAGAGAAUGUGGUCACUUUCAAAAUUCCUCUGACAAAAGUGGGGGGAAAAAAACAAGCUCAGCUCAAAGUUAAGUGCAGUUUUUGUCACCUGGUAGAUGAGAAUGUGUCGUUUGGUCAAAGGUUUCAGAACAAGGGAGUAAGUGGUACCUUCACUUGAGAUUGUAAAGUUCAAUGAUGUGACAAUGCUUAUUUGUUGUUACGUAAAUAUGACUUACAAUGAGUAACAGAAAAAUGGCAACUAAUAAUAAGUAUUGAAUAAUAAGUACUUUUGUGACAUAACAAAACAUGUUCUCUAGUUCAAGGCUCAUGGACGUGAUGAUCUUGAUCUUCUAAAUCAGACAUUCGAGGAUGUCAUCUUGAACUCUAAGAAGAUCACCCAUAUUUGUUGUUCAGUUAAGUGUUCCUAAAUGAAAAUUAAUUUAGCAAAAGGAACAGAUGGGACUUUAAAUGAUAUGUUUAACCUAACCGAGAGGUCAUAUUAGCCUGCUUUACAAACCUGGUCCAACAUGUCUUUGUUGAAAUCAUCUGGUGCAUCUGUUUAAAAAUGCAGUAUUGUCACUCCUGUGUGUUUUGUGUUUACCUCACAGUGUGGUGUCUCAUUUCAGUUCAACUUGUCAUGUCAUUUCAACAUUGUAAAAGCACCAACUGAGAGGGUCAACGGUACACUGUUUAAACUUUCUAUCCGGGUGUGAGCAAGAGAAUCGACGCUGCCUUCACAAAGCUGAAAAGUUCCAGAGAUGUGCAAUUAAUACCUCUUCAGAGGAUAGUGAAAACCACUGUCUGUGUCUUAGUUUGCAUUUUUUUUUUUUCAUAGUUUUAUGUGACCUUUUAAUGUUCUUAAAUAACAGUUGGCCAUUGUUUGUUUUCAAGUGACCUUGUUUACCUUGCACAGCACAGCUGCUUCAGUGAAGCCCCAGUUUAGUUGAGAGAAAAGAGCAGUGUUUCGGAGGAUAGCAGAUUUUAUUUUUCUACACGUUUGACAUGGAAGUGUCUACGAUGUCCAUUCUCUGGUUUUCUGCUAAACCAUUAAAAACUGCUGAUGUAUUUAUGUUUAUGUAUUUGAAAGUCUGUGUGUUCAGUGUCGUUUGAAGCAGACCUUCUGUUUUAUUCUUACUUUUAGGUUUUUUUAUUAUUAUUUGGAGGAAGAGUUGGACGGAUGGGAUGUUGAGGUUUCCAUACAUGCUGCUGUGAGAAAGAGCAGAGGUCCAGCAGCUGGUGUUUAAUCCUGGGUGCUGUGGCUCUUAUCUCAGUAG